GUCAUUAGUACUGAUUUAUUUAGAAAGUCUCACCCAGAUUAUAUACACGGUCCCACAAAGUAUUCGUUCUUAGGAAAACAAGUUUAUCUGAAUUUUUAAAGAUUUUUAUAAAAAAACACUUUUCACAUGAUGAACCUUAUAUAGUUUUUGUUUAUAUUAAAUUAAGUAACUAAAUCAGAAAAUCGUAGCAAUAAGCGUUUUGUACAUGCUUUUGUAUAGCAUACAAGUAGAAUACGGUUCGCUAUUUAGAAAUUGAUUUAUUUAAAUUUGUAUUGAAUUUCACAUUCCUACUUACUUUUAUUAUCAUGGGAAAUCCAAAAAUAAUUUUGUUAUUUAGUGGAAAAAGAAAAUCUGGAAAAGAUUUUCUUGGUGAAAAAAUAAAUUCUUUAUUAGGAAACGAAAGAUGUUCACUUCUUCGAUUAUCAGAGCCUUUAAAAAGAAUUUUUGCAAAGAAUCACAAUUUAGAUCUAAGAGAACUUUUGAGUGAUGGACCUUAUAAGGAAAUUCAUAGAUACAAUAUGAUAAAAUGGGGUGAAGAAGUUAGAAGUAAAGAUCCUGGUUUUUUUUGUAAAGCAGCAUGUGAUAAUGCUCCCAUUGUUCCCAUAUGGAUAGUUUGUGAUAUUAGAAGAAAGACUGAUAUAAAUUGGUUUAUUGAAAAUUAUGGUAAUUUAAUUAAAACUGUUCGAAUUUCAGCUGAUAUUGAAGUUAGACAAAGCAGAGGGUUCAUGUUUACAAUUGGUGUAGAUGAUGCUGAAUCAGAGUGUGAUCUAGAUAAUUUUCAAAAUUGGGAUAUUCAAGUCACCAAUAAUAAUUUAGAAGAUAGUGAAAAUUCCUUGAAAAGUAUUAUGGAUCUUAUCAAAAGUUAUUGCUAAUUUAAUAUGAUAUUAAAAGAGUAUUGAAAAGUUAAUUUUAUAAAUAUGAUGAAUUCCAUUCUUUUUUAUCUUUGAUCAAAAAUAGAAUAUUUUGAUACAAAUGAAAGUUGUCAAUGUUUGCUGGUCUUUUAUUUUUUCUAAAAAUUGGAAGGAAAAUUAUACAUGUACAAUAAAUUAUUUAUAUGUUAUUAUAUAUUUCCAAAUA